UUAAACGCCACGAGCAUUGACAACUCCAGCGGGAAUGCUGCCCUACCAGACACUAGAGGAGGCGGCCUCCGCGGUGGGGCGAAACCUGACAUACGCGGAGACCCUGUGGUUCAACUACUCGGCCGAUAAGUCGGACUACUUCCUCUACUGCCACAACACUAUCUUGCUCUUCUUCAUCUACUCCGUCGUCCCUCUCCCGAUGGUCUUCUUGGAGCUCGCGGGCGUCGACCGCUACAAGAUUCAGCCCAAGGCCAGGAUGUCUGUGCCCGAAAUUUUUCGGAGCUACAGGGAUACCAUGCUCGUCUUCUUUCUCAUCGAGGGUCCUCUGCAGCUCAUGUCGUUUUCUUCUGUUAAGAAUAUUGGGAUUCGAACGGGGUUGCCAUUGCCUUCAGUAUGGGAAGUUUUAGCACAGUUGGUAGUGUAUUUCAUUGUAGAGGAUUAUACGAAUUAUUGGAUCCACAGAUUUCUGCAUACCAAAUGGGGUUACGAGAAGAUUCAUCGAGUUCACCAUGAAUAUACAGCUCCAGUUGGAUUUACAGCUCUAUAUGCUCAUUGGGCUGAGAUUUGGGUCCUCGGCUUUCCAUCUAUUUUCGGCCCAGCCAUUGCCCCUGGCCACAUGAUCACAUACUGGUUGUGGAUGUCUUUGCGGCAUAUUGAGUCCAUUGAAAAUCACAGCGGAUAUGACUUCCCUUGGAAUCCCACGAAAUAUAUUCCAUUUUAUGGUGGUGCCGACUAUCAUGACUACCAUCAUUAUGUUGGACAACAUAGCAAGAGCAACUUCUCUCCAGUGUUCACCUACUGUGAUUACAUUUAUGGAACUGACAAGGGCUAUCGGGUUCAGAAGAGGCUCUUUCAGAAGAUGAAAGAUGAAAUGAAAACUGGUGGUAAUCAGAAUGGAGGCUCAUACCAUAAUUCUACCCAAGAUCUUAAAUCUGACUAGCUGGAACAAUGCCCUUUGUUAUGUUUCUCAUCAGUGACAUGAUGUAAUCAUAAAUCCUGGGAUUAUUAAGCCUUUCCAGGAUAGUUGUAGUGGUAGAAUAAAAGGACUUUUCUUCUCCAAGUUGAGAGGCCGAGUAGCGGUAGUAUUUAAAUAAAUUACUCUCGUGUUGAGAGUCAGUAGGAGUCUAGUAGUAGUUAUCUGUCCGUAGCAAUGAUCUUAGUACGGCUCUUUCGAAGCAGCCAUAUGUAUCUUUUUCUUGUAUUUUGUACUAUUUGAUUCUCAUCAAGUGGUAUCAAAGCCAUGUUUUCUCUUA